UCUUUUGCGCCAGUUUGUAAAAACACGACUUCUGAGAACUUGUCUGACUAAAGUUUAAAGGCUUAAGGUGUUUUGUGUUCACGCCCGUCUCCUGACAUGACUGUUCAGGAAAAUAUUUCUUGUUCAUUAAACACCAAUAUAAGUUACAUCAUCACUGCCGAUGUGUGUGAGCUGGACUGCCAUCCUUAGUUUCUGUUAGGAACGUUCCUGUUUCUGCAUCUGACCAAACUGUCCGGCUGAGGAAGAGGCAGCACAGCAGAGGACAACAAACUGUAAGCAUUUAAUCAAGUUUUAUUUAAUGUUCCUCUCUUUCUCAUGGUAGUGAUUUUCUCUCUCUGUGAGCUAAUGAUGAUGGACUAGGUUUGGUUAACAGCACUUUUAACUGAGUAAGAAACUAUUUUACUAGUUAUGUUGGUGCAAAGCCUGAUGCCAAGAGGAAGAGACGGCGUAUUUCCACUCUUAGCACCGUAUGAAUAAGUCUGAGAGCCAUGAAUAAUUCAGAGCGGCGCUUUCAGUGGAUGUAAGGCUCGCCUCAUGCAGAGUCAGUAAAUAGGCAGACACCAGAUUAAAAUUUGGUUUAGGUUAAAGGUUAAGUUUCCGGUAUAUGGAUGUGAAUGAACAUAAUUUAAAUGUGUGUAGAUGGAUAUUUAGACCAAGCAGAGCUGAAAACUCAUUAAUCCGUGUUCUGGACAAAAGCUGAAGACUUCUUUAAGAACCAAACUUAUGAAUAUAAAGUUGUUUAAAAAAUACAUUUAAUUCUCUGUCGAAGCUCAACUGGGAUUCUUCCCAGUCUUCCCAGUCAUCCUCAAUUUUCCCAGAAUCCCCAAUAAAAUCAUGAAAUGUUGAAUUAAAACCAGUCAGGAAGGAGCAGCUUGUCUGUUAGCCAAUGGAAACUGGUUUCCUCUUCUGAUGGUGACUGGACCAGAUCAUCACACUGCCACCACCGUGUUUCACCACAUCGGUUUUAAUUCCUGAAAAUGGUUCUGGACCAAUUUAGACGGACGGACUUUAGCUUUUUGAUCAGUCUGCAUUAGUAAAGUCUGCAGAAACUUUAAAAUAACGACAUAAUCAGACCCAUCUGUGUUUUCAUACAUUAUAGUUUUCAUUUCUGCCUGCAGGUUCUCCAGGACGGCCAUGUUCUCCCGGACGGCCAUGUUCUCCAGGACGGCCAUGUUCUCCAGGACGGCCAUGUUCUCCAGGACGGCCAUGUUCUCCAGGACGGCCAUGUUGUCGGCGCCCUGCUGACGCAGACUGAAACAAAUGAUGGGAAGGAAAUGGGAUGAAGCAGAAGGAGAGUAGAGGAGAGCCAAACAAGAGUCCUGACCUUUGACCUGCCGCAGAGCAAACAGAGCAAACAUCGACACGUCGACGGGAACCACAGGUUACUUUUCAACCAUCUUUCUGGUGGAGCUUCCCGAACGCCGACCUGAAACGGGCGGACUCGUGUCAGAAGAGCACAGUUCUUCCAGGAUCCAGCCCGACCCGUUCGGCUCAGCCGGAUCGGACGCCGGCGCCAGGCAUGUCUGUCGGCAGCUACCAGCUGAGCGAGGAGCAUCUGUGGUGCUGCAUCUGCCUGGACAUGUUCUCCAGCCCCGUCACGCUGCCCUGCGGACACAAUUUCUGCAGGAGCUGCAUCCAGGAGCACCUGACCUCUGACCCCCAGCGCCAGUGCCCCAUGUGCAAGGAGCGCGUGGACAAGAAGCACAAGCUGGGCGUGAAUACUUUCAUAAGUGAGCUGGCCGUUCAGUACAGGCAGAGUGCAGGAAGGAAACCUGGAAGCUGCGCAGAGCUGAGAAAAGCGCCGUGCGGAGCUCCAGUCAGACCCAAACCGCGGUCCUCCAGGUCCCGGCUGCUGCUAGCUGCUACGCUGCUGGCGCUGCUGCUGCUGCUCACGGCUAACCUGCAUCUCCAUCAGAGCCUGAGCGGCGGCGAGACUCUGCUGUCUGAGGCGGAGAGCGUCUGCUCCGAGCAUCAGGAGCCGCUGGAGCUCUUCUGCAAAAACGACCAGAUUAGCAUCUGCCGGCGCUGCAGCGCCACCGCACACCGCUCCCACCAGCUGGUUCCGCUCAGCGACGAGUACCAGGAGAAGAAAGACGAGCUCGGCAAGACGGAGGCCCGCAUCCAGCAGCUGAUCUGGCAGCGGCAGCUGAAGAUCCAGGAGCUGAAGCGCUCCCUGCAGCAGAGCGAAGAAGCCGCAGACGGGGAAAUGGCGGACGGUGUCCGGAUCUUCAGCUCCCUGAUCCAGACUCUGGAGGCGGCGCAGGCGGAGCUGAUCGGGGCGAUCGAGGAGAAGCGCAGGGCGAGGGAGAAGCAGAGCCAGAGUUUGAUGGCUGACCUGGAGCAGGAAGUGGGGAAGCUGCGGCGGCGGCAGGUGCAGCUGCAGCAGCUGUCGCGCUCCAGCGAUCCGCUCGUCUUCCUGCAGAGCUUCCCGGCUCUGAACGCCGUCCCGCCCACCAAGGACUGGACCCAGCUGAGGAUGUGUCCGCUGGUCUACGACGGCCUGACCCGCACGGCGCUGCUGAGCGCCACCAACCAGCUGACGGACGCCAUCAGGAACGCCAUGCAGACGCUGCAGGACGAGGCGGCGGCGAACCUCCACCGCUCUGCCGUGGACGUCGAUCUGGACCCGGACACGGCGCAUCCCGCCCUCAGGCUGUCCGACGACCGGAGGCGGGUUCAGCUGGGAGACGGCGGGAAGACGCUGCCAUACGAGUCCAAACGCUUCGAAGCUUUGGUCGGUGUCCUGGGGAGGCGGGGCUUCGCCUGCGGGCGGUUUCACUACGACGUCCAGGUGAAAGGGAAAACCGCCUGGACGCUCGGCGUCGCGAGGGAGUCCGUCAACCGGAAGGUCGAACUGGACCCGAGUCCGGAGAACGGCUUCUGGACCAUCCGCCUCCAGAACAGGAAGGAGUUUGUCGCGCUGGCUAGCAAGCCGCUUCCUCUCUCGGUGGGUUAUAAUCCGGAUUGGGUGCGAGUGUUUGUGGAUUACGAGGAGGGUCAGGUGUCGUUUUAUGACGUCGAAGCGGCAGUUCUGCUUCACUCCUUCACCGGGUUUUCCUUCACAGAGAAACUCUUCCCGUUCUUCAGUCCCGGUCCGAACGACGGCGGCAGGAACUCUGCUCCUCUGAUAAUCGCUCCUCCGACUCAACAUGCAGAAAAAUAAUGCAGACAUCAGUCAGGAUUUUUCAUUUAAAGGGGCAGUGUCACAUUAAUCGUGG